AUGACUGCGACACUGGAGAAGGCGGCGCGCCUGGCGCACCGCAUCGGGCAGCUCAAGGACACCGGCAAGGUGACGAGCCUGCUGGGCGUGUGGCAGCAGCGGCUGAGCCACCAGCAGGCUCGACAGGUCCAGCAGCGGCAGCGGCGGCAGGAGGUGUGGGAGCGGCAGCAGCAGCUGCUGCAGCAGCACCAGCGGCGGCAGCAGGCGGAGCGGGAGGAGCUGCUGCCAGGGCUGGCGGGGCCCGCGCAGGCGCAGGCGGCGGGGCCGCCCGCGCUCUUCUGA